AUGACCGUCCGAAGCAAGCACAGUCUUAUGUCUUUCGUGACAGGAGGCACCACCGAAAAGAACCCUACUCUUCCCGUUCACGAGCCUUCAUCCGCACCUCCAUCUGAAGCGUCGCCAAAGACGCACACCUCCAUGCGCAGAGAAGCCGCCGCUUUCUUAGGGGAACUGAUCGGAACGUUCAUGUUUCUGUUCCUUGCUUUCACAGGCACACAAAUUGCGCUCAAUGCCGCUGGCACACAACAACUUACGUCUUCUGACAACCCGGCACCCGAUGUCUCAAAACUCAUCUACAUCGCAUUCGCCUUCGGUAUAUCUCUGGCCAUCAAUGUUGCGAUCUUUGCGGACGUUAGUGGUGGGAAGUUUAACCCUGCGGUAACAACGGCGCUCUUUCUUACCGGCAAGAUUGGGUGGCACCGCGCCAUUCAAACAAUUAUCGCUCAGAUCAUUGCUGGUAUGGCUGCUGCAGGCUUCGUGAGCGGUCUGCUGCCAGGUCCACUCAUCAUUGCCACCACCCUCGACCCUUCAAUGUCGAUCACGCGUGGCCUGUUCUUGGAGACUUUCGUCACUGCUCAGCUUGUGCUCACUAUCCUCAUGCUGAAGGGUGGAUCGGCAAAGCCAAUGUACAUCGGAUUCUCGCUCUUUAUUGCCGAGAUGUGCAGUGUUUACUUUACCGGAGGUAGUCUCAAUCCUGCACGCAGUUUUGGUCCGGCUGUUGUGGUGGGAUUCACAAGCUACCACUGGAUUUACUGGAUUGGUCCGCUGUUGGGUGCUGUGCUCGCUAGUGGUGCAUAUGCACUGAUCAAGUGGGUGCGUCAAGAACAGGAAGAGUAG